AUGGCAUCACCAGCUAAAAGAAAAUCUUUUGAGGAUUUAUCAAAUGAACUUUUUUAUGAAAUCUUUGAUUAUUUCGACAGUUGGUCAUUAUACAAAGCCUUCGCAAAUUUAAAUAUUCGUUUUCAAAAUUUACUUUUCAAUUGUUCAUAUCGAUUUAAAAUCAAUGUUUCUCAUCUGGAAAAGUCCGAUAUUGAUGCAUUCUGUAGAAAAUUUCUCAUUCCGAAUCGUCAUCGAAUUGUUUCUCUUCAUUUACGACGAUCAAAUCUAAUUGAUUUACUUUUACCUUCAAUAACAAACAAUUUGAUAUUUGAACAAGUCGAAUCAAUUCAUUUACCUUAUAUUUCGAAAACAAUUCUCGUGGUUCUUCUUCAAUCAUUUAUUUUACUUCCUCGUUUAUUCUUCUUAGAUCUUUUUCUUGUUAAAAUCGUGUCAUAUCAACAAGGGUCCAAAUAUGAUGAAUAUCUUAAUCUUACCGAAAUCUACUGUUCAAUAUUGAAACUUCCCGUUUUAAAAUCAAUAAAAAUAUCUUCUUGGCUUCCUGAAACAAAAUUUCCAAUUGCAAUGAAUUCAACAAUUGAAGGGAGUUCACUUGAAAAUAUCAUUAUCGAUCAUCAAUGUUAUUUGAACGACUUGAUAAAUCUACUUCGCCAUACACCACGACUUCGUCGUUUAAUUUGUAGAAAAGGUGUUCAAACUGGUGAAAAUAACACACAGGAAAUAUCAUUUUCAUUAACAAAUUUAAUUUCUUUGUCCAUAAAACGAAGUUCAUUGGAAUUGAACAAAUUCGACACUUUUCUUGGACAAAUUGGUUCGAAUUUAAAAAUAUUACACAUUGCCAAUAGUUCUUAUGAGAAUUGUUUCAAUGGAAAUCAAUGGGAGAAGAUUCUUUCAAAAAAUUUUCCUUUUUUAAAAAAAUUUUCUUUAGAAUUUUUGGAAAAUUUAGAUGAAACAUUCGAUUUGGUGAAAUUUGAAGAAUUGAUUUCAUCAUUCACAUCUCAACAUCAAUGGACUAUUCAAAUAACUUUAACCCAAAAUCAAUACGAAGAUUGUCAAUUAAAAUUGGUCGUUCAAUCACAAAACUUCACACCGAUAGUUACAACAGUGAAAAUCUACAAAGUGUUCAAUUUAGCUCAAAUUGAGUUUAUCUUUAAACUUUGUCCAUUAAUUACGUAUCUUGAGUUGGACGAUUGGUCGAAUAUUAAUUUGGAAAUACUCGUGCAAUUUGUUGUUAUGAAAUCUCCAUCAUCUCUACAAUAUUUUACCAUUUCCGAUAGAAAGUAUCACAGUGAUUUCAUGGAAAAAUUGAAGAAUCGUUGGAAAUUCUCGACGAUUAAAUUUCAAAAGGAGAAAAUUUAUUUACAAUUGAACAGAUAA